UUAUAUCACAUGCUGCAACAGAUCCUGAUUUAUCUGAUCGAAAUGCUUAUCCUGCUUUUUAUCGUACAGUUCCUUCUGACAAUACAGCUGCAUUAGCAAUUGUAAAACUAUUUAUUCGAUUUAAUUGGACUUCAUGUAUAAUUAUUUAUCAAAAUGAUGCAUAUGGAUUUGGUGGUGUAAAAGUAAUAACUGAAGCAUUCAUUCAUAAUGAUUUGAUAGUUGCAGAUAAGUUAAUAUUUGAUAUAACAACACAAAGUAUGCGAGAUAAUUUGAAAAAUGCUUUAACUAGUAGUUCAACACGAAUAAUUAUAUUAUGGACUGAAUCGACUUAUACAUCUUCUGUUUUACAAGAUGCACUUUAUUCUGAUGUACUUGGUCCACAUUUUACAUGGAUAUUAAGUUCAACUGUUUCAUUAAAUUCUUUUAAUACAAUAUCUAAUGAAAAAUUAAUUGGAAUACUUACUAUUGAACCUACAACAGGAAAUACUCUUCAUACAUCAAUUAAUACAACAUUAUUAAAUGCAGCCUAUAAUAUUUGGAAACAAUAUGAACCUGAAACAUUUCCUAAUUCAAAAAAUGUAGAUGAUUACGCAUUAUUUGCAUUCGAUGCAACUUGGACAUUAAUUCAAUCAUUAAAAGAAUUUUGUUCAAAAACUAUUAAUAGUUCUUCUACAUGUAUAUCAUUUAGCAAUUCUUCAUCUUGUUUUGAUCGUUAUUUUCUCGAUUCCAAUUUAUUUUUUGAUACAAUUAAUAAUAUAACAUUUCUUGGUGUCUCUGGUCCUAUACAAUUUAAUAUUAAUGUAACAGAUCGAAUAAAUGGCAGUUAUUAUGUUGUAAAAAACUAUCAAUCUUCUUUAAAUAGACAAAAUUUCGUAGCAGUAUUGAAAUAUUCUAAUCAUGAUGGUUGGCAAGAAUAUUCAGAAACAAGUACAAUUAUAUGGCCAGGUAAUUCAUUAAUACCUCCUACUGGUGGUGCAAAACUUACUGGUGUUAAAUUAAGAAUUGGUAUAAUUGAAUCAGUUCCAUUCACAAUUGUUACUACUGUAACAAAUGAAUUUGGACAGAAACUAACAAAAUUGAUUGGUUAUAUACCUGAUCUUAUUGAUCUUUUACAAAAUAAAAUGGGAUUCAUUCCAAAUAUUGAAUUAAUAUCAUCAAAUAUAACAUACAGUUUAUUAGGACAAUUAGUAGAAAAUCGUGAUUAUGAUAUAAUAAUAGGUGAUGUGACAGUUACUGCUACAAGAAGAGCAAAAAUUGAUUUUUCACAGCCAAUAUUUGAUAAUUCUUUACGCAUUGUUAUGCGACAAACUUCUGAUGUUGAUAUUGAUCUCUUUGCAUUCUUGAAUCCAUUCACACGUGAUCUCUGGUUAUUAAUCGUGGGUAUUACUAUUUUUGCUAGUAUUUUAAUCUGUCUAUUAGAGAGAGAGAAAAAUCGAAAAUUAAGAAAACAAUCAAUAAUUAAUUUAUGUGUAAUGAGUAUGUGGUAUACUUUUGGCAAUCUUGUUGGAUACGGUGUAGAGUUUCAUGUUAGAACAACUGCUGGACGUUUAUUAACUGCUGGUUUAUAUAUCUUAUGUUUAGUAUUAGUUGCAUCAUAUACAGCAAAUUUAGCAUCUGAUCUAACAAUAUCAAAAUCGAAGAAUAUUAUUUCUGGAAUUGAUGAUAUUAAAAGUGGUAAAAUAUCAUUCAAUCGUAUUGGUAUUCUUGUAGGUACAGCUAGUGAAGAAUAUUAUUUAAAAGAAAUUUCUAGUUAUAGUCGAAAUUAUUAUCCAUUAAAAUCUCGAGAAGAAAUGUAUAAUAGUUUAUUAAAUAAUCUAAUUGAUGUAUCUUUUCAUGAUGCAGGUGUUGCAGAAUAUAUAACUAAUAAUGUAUAUUGUAAUGUAACAUUGAUUGGUGAAGGUUUUGAUAAAGGUGCAUUUGGUAUUAUUACACCUAAACAAUGGUUAUAUGGACAAGAUUUAGAUGUUAAUAUAUUAUCUUUAAAAGAAUCAGGUUAUCUUGAUAUUUUACGAAGAAAAUGGUUUCAAGUAAAGCGAUGUUCUAAUCCAUCGGUAACAUCUACUGCAAUUGGAAUUGAAGUAUUGAGUGGAUUGUUUAUAAUAUUUGGAGUGAUUUGUGUUCUAUCAUUAUUAUUAUUUUUAUGGAAGAAACGUAAAGUCUUGUGCAAAAAAUCUAAACAAUUAAAAGAUGAUCUAGAAUCAAUAUCCGAUAUCUCGCAUCAUUAG